AAUAGUAAUUCUACUGGUAGAAAAUACAUAAAAAUACAUUCAAAUAAUAGAAUCAAAGGUAGUUUUUCUUUCGAUUUCAUUAAACAAAAAAUAUCAAACUAAACAUUUUUAAUCGCGUACCAACCAUCAAAUUAAGGGUUGGCCUCUAUUACAGAGUCAAAGACCAACGACAAGUUUUAUAAUUGAAGCGAAAAAGACAGGCCACCACUUUAGAAUAUUCUCUAUAUAAAUCAUAAUCCCUGCCAUCAAACACACUAGUAUAGACACACUUGUAACAUAUAACUGAAUGUACUAUCUAACAUUCAUCUUAUAUUUAAAUUUUAGAGAGGACUCAUUGUUAAUGAUUUGUGAACGAUUAUUAAUUUGACCCUUCAUUUAAAGUCAAGUUUCCCUCCAAACGUUAAAAGCGUCAUCAGAACCAUGAAUCACUCUCUCUCCAUCUCUGCCAUCUUAUAUUUUCUUAUCAUCUCUCCAAAAUGCCUUCCAGCUACAGUAAUAUCGGAAUACAAGACAUUGGAAGACCGACAUAGCAAACUUGAUCCGUCGGUAAAAACCUCAAGCGCAGCCUCACCAAUCAUAGAGAAUUACCAAGUGAGCUUCCUCAAUUCAAAUAGAGAAAGCGACAUCAUUGGAUUGUCAAAGAAUUACCUUCAUCGUUUUGGUUAUCUCCGACCACAACAAAAGGUAACCUUCAACAACGAAUUGGAUGAUGAGUUGGAAUCAGCUAUAAUUCAAUUUCAAUCGAGUCAUGGUCUCUCAGUUACAGGGAAGCUCGAUUUCGAAACUAUUGCACAAAUAAAAACACCAAGAUGUGGUGUGGCAGAUGUAAUCAGUACGUUGCAUGGAUCAAAGCGGUACCAAUACUUUCCUGGAAGACCCAGAUGGACUCGAAGAAUGCAUAUGACUCUCACAUAUGCUUUUUCACCAGACUAUAUGAUCCGUUACUUGAGUUUUUCUGACAUAAGAGCGGUGUUUAAGCGUGCUUUUUCCCGGUGGUCGUCUGUGAUUCCAGUUGGUUUUUCUGAGACUGAAGACUAUGUCUACGCCGACAUUAAGAUAGGGUUUUACAGCGGCGAUCAUGGUGAUUCUGAGCCUUUUGAUGGGAUCCUUGGGGUACUUGCACACUCGUUUUCUCCAGAAAGUGGAAAGUUUCACCUUGAUGCGGCUGAAAGAUGGGCCGUAGACUUUGGAUCAGAGGAAUCUACCAUUGCUAUCGACUUAGAGUCGGUAGCUACUCAUGAGAUCGGACAUUUACUUGGAUUGACUCACACUCCGAUCAAAGAGGCCGUUAUGUAUCCGAGUUUAAAGCCUAGAGAGAGGAAAACAGAUUUGCAGCUUGACGAUAUACAAGGAGUUCAGGCUCUUUACGGAUCAAACCCUAACUUUACUAUGAAUUCUCUAUUGGAAUCGGAUAUCGCUACAAAUCACGCUUUUCAUUAUCCAAUUACUACUACUAAAUUCUUCAAUAUUUUUGUUCUUAUGCUUUUGCUUAAAUUGUUAUAUUUUUGAAAUUGUCAAUAGAUAUACUCAAGAUUUUUUAUACGCUCUCAUAAUUUGAAAUUAUUCUUUAAUUAUAGGCUGUUAAAUUUCAUUCGUAAUUAGUUUUUCAAAGAUUGAUUCUCAAAUAUAUUUAUGAAUUGGUUUUUCGAA